GUUUCCCAGUGAUUAUUGGAUGGGACUCGCUCCUUUCUCCUGAUUGGCGUUACCAUGGUGAGCGUUGCUAUGUGACGCUCCGUGUUAUAUCCAGGAAGACGCUGGCCUCAUCCAGGCGAAGCAAAGAGGGGAGAAAUGGAAGAUAACUUCCAGUUGGGAGACGCUGGAGCGGUGAAAAAUGUUGCAAAGUCUGGACGGAGAGCUCGCCUCACCGCAGAUCAGUCUUCGUUCGAGGAUUCUCGCUCCAUGAGGAAGUCCUCCACCGCUGCUUCAAUGGGAGAUGAUGAAGACGAGGCCCCCCCUCCUAAACCGGCUCGGCGGCAGGGUGGCUGGGCAGAAGAAAGCUCCGGGUCUGGAUCAGCCAAAUCCUCAAGACGGCCUGCAGCUGAGGAUCUGGAAGACCGCCGCCUGCAACCACAAACUCCCCAGGGAUCAGAUGAUGAAGGAGAUAUUCCAGUGAUUCCAGAUCUUGAAGAAGUACAGGAAGAAGACCUCACCAUGCAAGUUGCAGCUCCACCAAGCAUUCAGGUGAACCGUGUAAUGACCUACAGAGAUCUGGACAAUGAUCUGAAGUAUUACUCGGCCUUUCAGACCCUAGACGGAGAGAUCGACUUGAAGCUCCUCACCAAGGUUUUAGCGCCAGAGCAGGAGGUGAAAGAGGAUGAUGUGAGCUGGGACUGGGAUCAUCUGUUUACAGAGGUGUCCUCAGAGCUGCUGAUGGAAUGGGAUCAAGGAGAGAAUGAGGAGCAGGCUGCGUUGCCUGUAACAUGAGGAGAGGAGGUUUGGACUGAGACUUUGAAUGGCUCCAGUGGGAACUGGGUGAAUGUCCAUUACACAGAAGGGCCAGUGACUUUGGUUAUAUUAACUUUAAUUACUGUUUGUUAUCCAGGAUAUAUAUUCUGUAAAGUGUAUAUACAGCAUUUCUUGUAUUUUCCUAAAUAAAGUUCACUGUGUAGUGAACAGUGCGGUGUUGUCUGACCCUGUCUUUAUAUAGGUUUUAGAAUUUCUCCUUUUUUAUUGUUUGUUACUAUUUAACUUAAACAGCUAAAAGGCAAACUGCUUGUGUUUGAAAAGCCCCUGAAUCAAGCUGUCAUAGAUAAAAAAUGCCCUCCCUGUACUGUCCGCAUUAUCAGCAACCUCAUACAAGUCCAAGGUUGAUAAUCAGCUAAGCUGAAAUCCAGUUGAUUGUCUUCAAAUUAACAUUCCUCAUUAAAGCCCACAACCUUAUUGUUA